AUGGAUCGCUUCAACGGAGAAAUGAGCCGUUCCCAAAGUCCACCGUGCCAGGCAGCUUUCGGAGUGCUGAAGGUCCAAUAUUUGCACAGUGCAAAGGCGAUUCUUUUCUUUCCGCGAAAGGUCAACUUUCUCCUUCGAAAGUUGGUUGUCGCAACCAACGUCGCUGCGACAAGCAACCCAAAUUUUCGAUUCGUCGCUGAAGAAAAAAAGGAAAAUUCAAAAUGUCGCUGUAACCCGAUUUCGCAAGAAGGAGAUCGCGGAGAGAAUGAGUUUGUCGCUUGCAACGUUCAUUUUCGCCUGAUCCGCACUGUGCGAAGUCCUGGGGAUGAUUGAAGAAAAUUGAAGGUCGUUUGUUUCUUUUGCACUGUGCAGAGGAAGGAAAAGGUUUUCGAUCUGCACGGUGCGGGAGAGGAAAGAGUUUUUUUUCUGUGCACUGUGCAAAAAAAGAUAAACGUUGCUGUUUUUACUUACUUUGGACUUAUCGCCCAAUUUUUAUCCGAGACAUCCAAAAAAUUGUAGACUUCUAAGAAUUACCUUAUUUCAGGAACUCUCCGUUGCCCAGGAAAAGAUUACGAGAUCUCCCGCUGUCAAGCCCCCAUUCCCUGCGAAGGCUGGACUGAUUGGUCCGACUGGACCCCUUGUUCAGUAUCCUGUGGCUUGGGAAGACAGCGGAGGGAGAGACGAUGCACUAAUCGGGAUCAAUGUCGCGGGGCGUCGACGGAAGAAAAGGAAUGUAAUCAGAUCUGUCAUGGAGAUUGGAGUGCCUGGGGAGGCUGGUCUCAAUGCGACCGACCGUGUGGAGGGGGUGUGGAACAACGGCACAGAGUCUGUCAGAGCACCAGAAGCAAGUUUUGACUGUUUGAAAUUUGAGUGCACAGUGCAAUAAUGAGUGAGGUUGGAAUUGCACUAUGCAGAUUUUCGAAAAUAGGGAUUGCACUGUGCAGAUUUUUGAAAAUAGGGAUUGCACUGUGCAGAUUUUUGAAAAUAGGGAUUGCACUGUGCAGAUUUUUGAAAAUAAGGAUCGCACUGUGCAGAUCUGUGAAAAAUUUUUAUUCCCAAACCCAAAAAAACUAGCGCUAACAAAAAAUUUGCAGUCCGUUGCCCCGGCCCUGACCGCGAGCGUCGUCGCUGCAACGACCACGCCUGUCCAGCCCAAAGUCCGUACCGCCCCCGGCAACCAAUUUCCACUCGCUGUCAAUGGACGGGCUGGUCUCGUUUCACUGAUUGUGUCCCUCCACGCAACUACAGAUGCGAUCUCUCACAAUAUAUUGGGGUGGGAGUUCGUCAACGGACCCGUCAAUGUGUUGGAAAUGGGGUUCAAUGCCAUGAGCAGCACUGCGGAGGAGCAUCUACUGAACGCCAAAGCUGUCGAUUGGAUCCCAGAAGGGAUCCUUGCUACGUUGUAA